UCCAAUUAUAUAUAUUAUGUCUGAACUAUAACCUUAAAACUUGACUUGAAGGAUUAAAUUGACGUAAUCAAUUGCAAGAGUGUCCAAUUGAAUCCGAGACAAGGAGAAGGAUGGUGGCCGCCCACCUCUCACCGCAACAGUCCCAGCCAUGUCCAGCCUCUAUGCCGCCUCCUGUCAACUGAGGCGGGCCACAUCAUGGGCGCACCGAUCGAGACAGCUGAGCUGGUACUGUCCUCGGCUUCCACGUGAGCGACUUGCGUCACUCGUGGCCACCCACCUUGAUGCUUACCCUCCCUGUACGUCACACAUGCUCUGUUUCAUAUCGGCAUGCGCGUGCGUUUCACGUGCAUCGGAAGCUUCCGGGCGCUUUCCCCGCCCCCUUCAAAAUCCUACUCGCGCCCGCACCCCCACCGACGCCGUUCUCACUUCGCCCCUGUUCGACUCGACCGCCGUCUUACUACGAUGGCGUACGCCGGCUUCGUCGUUCUCCCGCUUACGCUGCUUCUGCUCAGCGCCCGGUGCGCCCACGCCCAGCCCUCCGCGCCGCCCUCAGAUAACUACAACCCUUACUUCGGGGCGCCCAGCUUCAACCCGACCACAGCCAUCGUGAUCGUGUUCCUCGUGAGCGCCUUCUUCCUCGUGGGGUUCAUCUCCAUCUACAUCCGCCACUGCGCCGGCGCCGACCCUCGUGGACCCGUGGCUGGUGCGGCCGCCCGGUCGCGGAUGCUGCCGUGGCAGCAGCAGCAGCAGCAGAGGGGGCUGAGUCCGAAGGUGAUCGAGACGUUCCCGACUUUGGUGUACUCGGAGGUGAAGGGGCUCAAGCUCGGGAAGGGCGCGCUGCAGUGCGCGGUGUGCCUUAGCGAGUUCGAGGACGACGACGCCCUCCGGCUGCUUCCCCGAUGCAGCCACGCCUUCCACCCGGACUGCAUCGACACCUGGCUCACCUCUCACGUCACUUGCCCCGUGUGCCGCUCCAACCUCGCCGAAGCAGCUGACGACGAACCCCCGCCCGUGGUCUUCCCGGCACUCGAGGCCCCCGUUCCGUCGCCCCAGGGGCGGGAGGUGGAGGCGCUGCCGACGCCGCCAUCGCCGGCGGGUCAAGCGACGAUAGUCGUUGACCAGUCGGCUGGGGAAGACAAAAAGGCGGAAUUGGCCCAGAUAGAGAGGUCGAGGCGGGAGGUGGGGUCGCGAUCGUGGCGUCGGCCGCCGAAGCUACCCCGUUCACACUCGACCGGGCAUUCGGUGGCUCUGCCCGGGGAUUACGUGGACCGGUACACCCUUCGGCUUCCGGAGCACGUGCGGAAGGAGAUCUUCGCUGCUCGGGAGCUCCACCGGUCGACGAGCUGGGACGCUCUCCCGACCGCCGACGAGGGGAGUUCCCGGCGAGGGUACCGCGGCACCGGCAUCGGCGGCGGAGGUACAGGAGAAGGGAGCAGCUGCGGCGGGAGGAGCGUACGUCUGGGGAGGUCGGACCGGUGGCCGUCGUUCUUCAUCCGGACCCUCUCGAUGAAGGUUCCAGCGUGGGCGACGGCGAGGAGAGCGGACGGGGGCGAUGAGUCGGUGAAGAAGGGGGUAGGGGAAUGCUCCUCGAGCGGCAAGUUCGCGGCCGUGAGGACGCCGUUCAACUGCCUCGGGGGCCGCGGCGACGACGACGAGUCAUCCGCUGCCGCACUCGCCGGCCGAGUCUGACCGAGUCGAGCUCAUCAAGUUUUGAUAUUUUCCGUUUCACUCAAUACACUACACGGACGAAAAGGACUAUCCAAAUAUAGGUGACGUGGCUUCAUCACGAACGUACAUAUAAGACCAGUGUAAUAUAUAAUGCCACGUUUGAUGUGAUCAACCAAACGAAAAAGAAAUGAAGUGUGAAUUUUGCUAAAA